AUGAACCCGUCAGCCAACGGAAGUAUAAAGGGCAACCAUGCCGAGACGUUAACAGCUAGUAUUCAAAGGUUAGAAAGCCUGGAGCGAGAACAUCAGAAGCUCAAGAAAAAGCUGGCCUCGACGAAACGGAGUUUUCGAAGCAAAUCCCCAAGAAGACGAUCGUCUACUGCCCUUGAUGAUGAUGAUUCGGACGGAGAUGAUUCGUGGAAAUUGUUAAAGGAAAACACAAAUGUACAUGGCUUAAAAGACCUUUUCUUCACGUCCUCAUGCAAAUUGAAAGUCACAUGGAUGCUUCUACUAAUUCUCGCUGGAAUUCUUACCGUCCAUGGCUGCUAUACAAUAAUAAUGGAGUAUCUACUUGGACGGGUCGUCGUUUCCUAUUUUAUUUAUGAAGCGCCUGAGCUUCUGGUUCCGGACAUUGUGAUCUGCCCUUUCAACCGGUUUAACCGGUCCUAUUUGACGAGCUUAAACGUGUCUGCCGGUUUCGCUCAAUAUUUGGAGCUGUCUUUCCCAUUCCAGCCGAUCCAUCCUUUUCAAGAAUCAACUAUUAACGAAAUUGCAAAUAACCUGGAUUUUUACGAAACGGAGAGGGAACAGCUCUUCCAGAGGCUAAACAUUACCUAUAAAGAAUUUCUAGACAAGGCUGCGCUCGAUUGCUCCGCAUUUUUUCAAGACACAUCAAAGUGCGAAUCAGCAACAUAUGUCUCAAGUUCGGCUGGUAGAUGUUUUCGACUACCUGGUGGAGUCCAGUACAGGGAUGGCUUCGAUUCCGGUGAUCGGAUAAUAAUCAAUUUGCCUAUUGAUUUGUAUGCAUUGGGUGCAAAUCAAAUACCAAAUGACGGGGUAAUCGUGAAACUUGUUGAACAAGGACGGGGUAUCGAUCAUGAUUUUACAUUCGUGCCUCCAGGUGUACAUGCAGUUUUCCCGAUUUCCGCAGUGAAGUAUGAAUUCAUGCAUGAUCCACCAGCAUAUAUGUGUCAAGAACAAACCAAUCAAUCCUAUAGUAAAGUUUAUUGUUUCGAGAAGUGCCUAUUGCAAAAUGCAGAAAACCUAUGCAAUUGUUCUUUGGCCGGUGAUACAUCGCCGCGGAAGACGGAAGUGUGCACGACGACGCAAUACUAUGAUUGUUUUCUGAAAUCCUUUGAAAAUGUUAACUUCACUGAAUUGACGAAGUUUUGUCGCAGCCAAUGUCCUCCACCCUGUACUUAUUGGGCUUACGACAAGCACGUCAGUUACGCUAAAUUUCCGUCCCAAUCGGCGCGAUUCUUUGUACCAACAGACGAAGAUUGGGAGCGCUUGAAAUCCACUAUUAUUAUCGAUGUGUACUACAAAGAUCUACAAUACACCGUCAUCAAACACGUCAUCGCCAUGCCGCUUCAAUCGCUUAUUGCUCAGAUUGGAGGGCAAUUUUCCCUAUGGGCUGGCGGUAGCUUGAUAUCUCUAUUACAACUUGUCAUCUACCUCAGCCGUCAUUUCUAUCAUAGAUGCAAUCGGGUGGUGAAGCGGCAGAGAAGAAAAUCGUUGGCCCGGGCGACGAUAAGCAAACAGUCGAAGAAAUUUAAUGGCAACGGCUUCACCCAGCAUCUCGCCAGGGAAACCUCGAAAUAUGGCGACGACGACUCGCCACUGAACACAAAUAUCGCCCAAGUC